AAAAAAAAAUCAAAAUCCCCAAAUCGAACCUUAGUCCUACACAAAAAUAAAAAUCCCUAAUUCCACGAACUCUGUGCUCAGAAAAAUCCUCCGAUUCAGGAAUCAUUUCUAUACAGCUUGAUCCGAGUUCACACGUGGCGCAUCAUCGUAGCUUGCGAUUGGUUUGUUCGAGAAUUUUCUAUCUGGGUUUCUGCUCUUACUUGCAAAAGAUUGCUCCUUUGUGUAUCAAUUCAAAGACUUUUCUGAAGAGCUAAUUCAGGAGAUGAAAUUUGGAUGUGGAGGAGAGGAGGAGAGUUAUGCGGUGUUUAUUACUGUUAGUUACUAAAAGAACUAGAACAAGGAGAAGAAGACGUAAGUGUUGAACAAUGAAUGUUCAGACUCACUUGUCUGGACAGGUUUCGAACCAAGGGACCAUGUCUCAGCAGAAUGGCAACUCCCAAAUUCAGAAUUUAGCUACUGGUGGUGGUGGUGGUGGUGUUCCUGUUGGUACUGGUUUAGGACCUUCACGUGGUGACAAUGAUCUCUUGAGACUUCGGCAUGGCAUGCGAAUCAAGAUUUUCAGCAUCUUACAGCAAAAACAACCAUCACCAGCUGAUGAGGCAUCAAAGGCAAAGUAUAUGGAUGUUGCUAGACGCUUAGAGGAGGGGUUGUUUAAAAUUGCCAACUCAAAGGAAGAUUACUUGAAUCAGUCGACCCUUGAAUCUCGGCUGGCAAGUCUAAUCAAAGGCAGACAUAUGAAUAACUACAAUCAGCGACAUGCUAAUGCAUCUACGGUUGGAACAAUGAUACCCACUCCUGGAUUACAACAUGGUGGUGGGAAUCCAAAUAUGAUGAUGACAUCCUCUGUUGAUGCUACAAUGGCUGGAAGUAAUAACAUUACAACUAAUGCUAUGAACACUGGAAACAUGCUGAAUUCUACUGGUGGCAUGCUCGGAGGUAACAUGUCUAAUGGAUACCAGCAUUCAUCGAGUAACUUUGGUCUUGGUUCUGGAGGGAACAUAGCAUCAACGAGCUCACAAAGAAAUACUGGUCAAAUGAUGCCUACCCCUGGAUUUGUCAACAGCGGUAUUAAUAACAAUAACAACAAUAGCCAGUCUUACUUGAAUGUUGAAGCUUCCAUUGCCAACAAUAGUGUUGGAUUUUCUGCUGCGCCCAUGAUGGUACCUCAGCCUCAUCACCAGCAACAGCAACAGCAACAGCAACCGAGGCAGGAUAUUGGUGGCCAAAAUAGUCGUAUCUUGCAUAACCUUGGAAGUCAAAUGGGUGUUGGCCUUAGACCUGGGAUGCAACCAAAAAUGUCUAACAGCUCCAACGGUGGUGUUGGGAUUAAUGCAAAAGGUGUUGAUUCAGGUUCCAUAAAUUCACAGCAGGCUUAUAAUAGCCUUCAGCGUCCAGGAAUAAAGAGUGAAGGAUAUGUCACAAAUAAUGCUGACCCAUUCUGUUCUGGAAAUUUGUAUGGUGCUACAACAUCUGUUGGGACGUUGACAAAUACUCAGAAUACCAAUACGGCAAGUUUUCAGUCUAUGUCUGGAAAUGGCUCUACUCUGUCACAUCAACAGCCUAAUCGGUUUCAGCAACAACCUAAUCAAAUUCACCAACAGCAGCAGCAGUUUCUACGUCAACGGCAAAUGAAGCUGCAGAGCCAGCAGCAACAGAGAUUUAUAAGUGAUGAAGCUUUUGGGCAAAACCAUGUGGCCUCUGACAUGGUUACACACGUUAAACAUGAACCUGGAAUUGAGAACCCUAGCAAUUCUAUCCACUCCCAAACUCAUGAGCAAUUUCAGCUUUCUCAGUUUCAAAAUCAAUACCAGAACAAUGCAGAUGACCAUCAUGCAGGCUCUCAGACUCUCCCUACCACAAGUCAGAGUGAUAUUUGCACAUCAGUUCCCCAACAUAGCCAACAGAUACAGCAGAUGUUGCACCCGCAGAAUAUGGCUUCCGACUCUAUGAACAGUUUUAAUAACGUUUCUGUUGGAGUGAAAUCAGAAUCUGGUCUGCAAGGUCACUGGCAAUCUCAGUCACAGGAACAUGCUCAAAUGUCUAAUAGUAUGUCGAACGAACGGCACAUUCAGGAUGAUUUUCGUCAAAGAAUGUCAGGAACGGAUGAAGCUCAGCCCAAUAACACGUCUGGAGGGUCUAUUGUAGGUCAAAGUCAUAUCUCCACUACAUCAGAAUCUCCUCAAAACCCUGCUGGUGCCACUUGUAGAUAUGGAAAUGAAAACCAAGAUCCGAGAUUUAGAAACCAACAGAAAUGGCUCCUGUUCCUACGCCAUGCUCGCAACUGCAAAGCGCCUGAAGGGAAGUGUCCAGAGCGGAACUGCGUUACGGUUCAGAAGCUCUUGAAGCACAUAGACAGUUGUGCUGUACCUCAGUGCUCAUAUCCUCGUUGCCGCCCCACAAAGACACUGAUUAAUCACCAUCGAAGUUGUAAGGAAUCUAACUGUCCUGUGUGUAUUCCUGUGAAGGCCUUCUUACAGCAACAGGCAAAUGCACGGUACCUAGCUCGUUUAAAAACUGAAACCGCUGCUGCGAGGUCAGUAGAUGGAGCUGGAAUAUCCAAUGAUGCAGUACAGACCUCUGCUGGAGCAAUCUCUUGUGCUUCGCCUCGUGAUGAUAUUUCAAAUCAUUUGCAACCUUCAUUGAAACGGUUGAAGGUGGAGCAGUCUUCUCAACCUGUCGACGUUGAGACGGAAAGUUGUAAAAGCUCUAUUAUUUCCGUAACAGAAGCACAAUCAUCUCAGCAUGCUGAAAGGAAAGAUCAUAGGAACAGUGAUGUACGUGCAUCUUCAAAGUAUUUUGAAGUGAAAGCUGAGCUUUGUGAAGGUUCUGUCCAGGCACGACCCAGUUUUAAAGAGAGAACAAAUGGAAUUGCUGAAAAUAUUCCCAAGCAAAGACCUGUCAUUGAAUCUGUUAAACAAGAUUUGCCUGAUCCCUCACCUCGGCAAGAGAAGUGCAAAAUGGAGAAAGUAUCUGAGUCACUAAAGGAAGAAAGUUUGGCAGAGUCUAAACCUCCACCAAAAUCUGGAAAAGCAGAGAUAAAGGGUGUUUCAUUAACUGAGUUGUUCACCCCUGAGCAAGUUAGAGAACAUAUACGUGGUCUCCGUCAGUGGGUUGGCCAGAGUAAAGCAAAAGCAGAAAAGAAUCAGGCUAUGGAGCAUUCAAUGAGUGAGAAUUCCUGUCAACUAUGUGCGGUGGAGAAGCUUACCUUUGAGCCACCACCUAUAUAUUGUACCCCUUGUGGCGCCCGCAUCAAGAGGAAUGCUAUGUAUUACACUGUAGGAGCUGGUGACACUCGUCAUUACUUUUGUAUUCCAUGUUAUAAUGAAUCCCGUGGGGACACUAUACUCGCUGAAGGGACGCCUAUACCUAAGGCAAGACUCGAGAAAAAGAAAAAUGAUGAAGAAACUGAAGAAUGGUGGGUCCAAUGUGAUAAAUGUGAGGCCUGGCAGCAUCAGAUCUGUGCUUUAUUUAAUGGACGAAGGAAUGACGGAGGGCAAGCUGAGUAUACCUGCCCUUAUUGCUAUAUAGCAGAAGUGGAACAAAGUAAGAGGAAGCCUUUACCUCAGAGUGCUGUUCUUGGAGCCAAAGACCUACCGAGAACGAUUCUCAGUGACCAUAUAGAGCAGCGGUUGUUUAAGAAGCUGAAGCAGGAACGAACAGAGAGAGCCAGGGCUCAAGGAAAAAGUUUUGAUGAGGUUCCUACUGCCGAGUCCCUUGUGAUUAGAGUUGUUUCAUCUGUUGACAAGAAGCUGGAAGUAAAACCCCGAUUUCUUGAAAUUUUUCGGGAAGACAGUUACCCAACAGAAUUUGCAUACAAGUCCAAGGUGGUUCUGUUGUUCCAAAAGAUUGAAGGUGUAGAAGUGUGCUUAUUUGGGAUGUACGUCCAAGAAUUUGGUUCUGAAUGCUCAUUUCCUAAUCAACGCCGAGUUUAUCUCUCUUAUUUGGAUUCUGUAAAGUACUUUAGACCCGAGGUUAGAUCUUAUUACGGAGAGGCUCUGCGUACUUUCGUUUACCACGAAAUUCUGAUCGGUUACCUAGAAUACUGCAAGUUGCGUGGUUUCACGAGCUGCUACAUAUGGGCUUGUCCGCCUCUCAAGGGCGAGGACUAUAUCUUGUAUUGUCAUCCUGAAAUCCAGAAGACGCCAAAAUCUGAUAAACUACGAGAGUGGUACUUAGCAAUGCUGAAAAAAGCUUCAAAGGAGGGCAUUGUCGCAGAAACUAUAAAUCUAUAUGACCAUUUCUUUAUGCAAACUGGUGAAUGUAGAGCUAAGGUCACUGCAGCUAGGCUCCCAUAUUUCGAUGGUGAUUACUGGCCAGGUGCAGCAGAGGAUCUUAUAUACCAAAUGAGUCAAGAAGAAGAUGGCAAAAAGGGAAAUAAGAAAGGAAUGCUCAAGAAAACAAUUACAAAAAGAGCUCUAAAAGCUUCUGGUCAGACUGAUCUAUCUGGGAAUGCAUCCAAGGAUCUGCUGCUAAUGCAUAAACUUGGUGAGACCAUUCACCCAAUGAAGGAGGACUUUAUCAUGGUCCACCUGCAACCUUCUUGCACACAUUGCUGUAUGCUGAUGGUAUCUGGAAACCGUUGGCUCUGCAGUCAGUGCAAAUACUUUCAGAUUUGUGAUAAGUGUUAUGAAGCUGAACAGCGGCGUGAAGACAGGGAAAGACAUCCUGUUAAUUUUAGGGAUAAGCAUGCGCUGUACCCUGUUGAGAUUACAGAUAUUCCUGCAGAUACGAGGGACAAGGAUGAAAUACUAGAAAGCGAGUUUUUCGACACUAGGCAAGCGUUUCUGAGUCUUUGUCAAGGGAACCACUAUCAGUACGACACGUUGAGGCGUGCAAAACAUUCGUCAAUGAUGGUCCUUUAUCAUCUGCAUAACCCAACUGCUCCUGCCUUUGUCACGACCUGCAAUGCGUGUCACCUCGACAUUGAGACUGGCCAAGGCUGGCGCUGUGAAGUAUGUCCAGACUACGAUGUGUGCAAUUCCUGUUACAGUAGAGAUGGUGGAGUUAAUCAUCCUCACAAGUUGACUAAUCAUCCAUCUUUAGCUGAUCAAAAUGCUCAGAACAAAGAAGCAAGACAGUUGCGUGUCUUGCAGCUUAGGAAAAUGCUGGAACUUCUUGUACAUGCAUCACAAUGUCGUUCCGCAAAUUGUCAGUAUCCAAAUUGCCGGAAAGUGAAGGGACUAUUCCGACAUGGUAUACAGUGCAAAGUGCGUGCUUCAGGAGGUUGUGUUCUCUGCAAAAAAAUGUGGUAUCUUCUGCAACUCCACGCUCGGGCCUGCAAGGAAUCUCAAUGCCAUGUACCUCGUUGCAGUGACCUGAAGGAGCAUUUAAGAAGAUUACAACAGCAAUCAGAUUCACGGCGAAGAGCAGCUGUGAUGGAAAUGAUGAGACAAAGAGCUGCAGAGGUCGCUGGAGGAUCAGGUUAA